AGCAGCAACAAUGGUUCUUCUACCGAUCUAUUCAUUUGUUUCACAUCUCGUUUCUCUUCUUCUUCCUCUAUGCGUCUCUCUUCCAAAUCCAUCCAUAGUCCAGCUCGUUCCGCUUGUCUCACUACUUCUCUUAGCCGUCGUCUCCGUACUAGCGGUAGCUUGAAGAACGCUUCAGCUGGCGUUUUGAACUCUCCGAUGUUUGGUGCUAACGGAGGACGGAAGAGAUCUGGAUCUGGUUACGAGAAUAGUAACAACAAUAAUAAUAACAUAGAGCCGUCGUCUCCGAAGGUGACGUGUAUUGGUCAAGUUAGAGUGAAGACUAGGAAGCAUGUGAAGAAGAAGAUGAGAGCUAGAUCUAGAAGGAAAGGAGGUGAGUCGAGUUUUAGGAGAUCCGUUGAUCAAAACGACGGUGGUGGUGGUGGUGGAUGUCGUUUUGAUGCGAGUGAGAAUCGUUGGGUUCAUCUUCCGGUGACUAUCUGUGAGUCGUUGAGAUCGUUUGGGUCUGAGCUCAACUGCUUUUUCCCUUGUAGAUCUUCGUGUACGGAGAAUAGUCAUGGAGAUGGGAGGCGAGUUGAGAGUAACAACGACGGUUGCGGCGGAGGAGGAGGAAGUUCGUGUGGUGCGGUGUUUACGAGGUGGUUUGUGGCGGUGGAGGAGACGUCGGGUGGGAAGAGAAGAGAGAUUGAGCUUGUAGUUGGUGGAGAAGACGAAGUGGAGGAGGAUAGGCGGAGGAGUCGUCGGAGACAUGUUUUCGAGGGGCUUGAUUUGAGUGAGAUUGAGAUGAAGACGGAGAAGAAAGAGAGAGGAGGAGAAGAAGUUGGACGGAUGAGUAUUUGUUCUCCGCCGAAGAAUGCUUUGUUGUUGAUGCGGUGUAGAUCUGAUCCGGUUAAGGUGGCGGCGUUAGCUAACCGGGUUCGUGAAAGACAGUUGUCUUUAAACAACGGCGUAUACGGAGGAGGAACAGAGGAGGAAGAUGAUGAGAGACGAAGAAGGUUUGAGCUGGAAAUUGAAGAUAAGAAACGGAUCGACUUGUGUGAGAAAUGGAUCUCCGGCGAAACUAAUGUGGAGACAGAAGAAGUUUCAGUUACAGUUGCCGAGGCAGAAGUAGAAGUUCCUUUGCCUUCAAAUCCAGCUACAGAGGAAGAAGCAAGAGUCAAAGCUGUGGAAGAUUCGAUUGUUGAAGAAGAAGAAGAAGAAGCUUCGAAAAUUCUGGAUUCGUUUGAGGAAGAAAUUGAAGCUACGAUCAUGAAAAACAUUGAAGACGAAAUCAGAAACGCUAUAGAAGAAGAUGAGAAACUGGCUGAGAUGGAAGAAUUAGCGGCGGUGGCUGAGACGGAGGAGGAAGAAGAAAGCAAAGAGGUUGAUGUUGCUACCUGUAUAACUCAAAAUGAGGAAAGAUCCGAACAAGGAAACAGAGAACCCGACCCGAGUCCGGAAGUGGUGAUGAGAAGAAGUCUACAAGAGGAAACAACGGAGAAAGAGAAGACGACGGCGACGCCGUAUAAGGUGUUACCGGAUUGUUUGCUGCUAAUGAUGUGUGAACCAAAGCUCUCAAUGGAAGUCUCUAAGGAGACUUGGGUCUGCAGUACAGAUUUCGUUCGAUGUUUACCAGGAAGACCUCCGGCGAAGAAGAUACCUCCAGAAGCUACCGGAGAUAAUCAUCAUCAUCAUCAACCCAAGAAGCGGAUCGUCACGGCCGUUGAUUCCAACGCAUCUUCUCGCCGGCGUUCAAUCGAUAAACCACCCUUACACCUUCAGCCACCACGGUCAUCGUGUUCAUACCCAGCAGCUCCACCAAUAAUAAUGGCAGCUGCGGCGGUUGGGGAGCAGAAGGUAGCCGGAGCUAAUAAGGCGUACGAGCCACCAGUGCUGCCACGUUGCAAAUCGGAGCCGAGAAAGUCAGCGUCGAAGCUAGCGCCGGAAGCUUGUUUCUGGAAAAAUAGGAAGCUGGAGCCACACCCUCCGGCAACCGUCGGAGUCGGCGGCGCCGGAGUAGGGUUCUAGAAGAAGGGGACUUGAGUGGGAAUAAAGAAAACUAUUUGGGUGUAACAGUAAUUUCAGUAUACUAUUUGUCCUUGUUUGUAAAUUUGUUUUGUUAGUCAUAAUUCAUUUUCUUUCACUGUGCCAAUGUUUUUUCAUGAAAAUCUGUAUCCGUUUUUUUUGUCCGUUAGUCUAAUGUCUCACU